AUGGCCAUAGAAGAGAUUGACCUAGUCAUUGGGAGUAGUAGAUUAGUUCAAAAAUAUGACUUGCCACAGCUAAAUUAUGUCAAAGCUUGCAUAAAAGAGGCCUUUCGACUCCACCCCAUAUCAUCUUUUAAUGUUCCUUAUGUAUCUGUUUUUGAUACUAUUGUGGGUGAAUACUUCAUUCCUAAAGGAAAUGUGGUUCAAUUAAGUCGUAUUGGACUUGGUCGGAAUCCUAGAGUUUGGGAAGAUACUAUGAAAUUCAAGCCAGAGCGUCAUGUCAAUGAGGAAAGUAGAGAAGUAGUUCUUACUGAUUCAGAGUUACGUCUAUUAUCAUUCAGUAUUGGAAGACGAGGUUGUCCAGGUAUGCAACUUGGUUCUACAAUUACCAUCAUGUUAAUUGCUAGGCUUCUUCAAGGUUUUACUUGGAGUUUACUGCCAAACUCUCCAGGCAAUGACUUAGUUCAGAACUUAAAAUGUGAUCUCUCUUCUCCCAUGCCAUUAUUUGCUCAGCUUCUUCAACUCCUCUCGCCCACCAGCGGCGAACUCGCCGGAAAAUGCACAGCCAAAACUCGUCAUCACCCUAGCUGCUUCAUCGCCUUCAACUACUUCACUCUCUCUCAUUCGAUAUAUCAUCGACGACUCGUUCUAGUUCAAAACUACCGAGUCUCUGCCAAAAAUGGUCAAACAGGUGAAGUCUGGCGAGAGACCUGGCGAGUGUCGAGGUCCGGUCGUAAUUCCGUUGAGGUUUCCGGCGAAGCCUUGAUCUUACGGUUCGAGGACAUCACCUGGUCAGCGGCUAGCAUUGGACAAUUUGGUCUCCGAGAGAAAGUUGAGGUGGUCGGUUGUGGUAAGCUGGAAACACAAGAUCCAAGGAAAAUGAUAACUGACGUCGAAGCUGUUACGAGUGCUCAAGAGAUUCAGGGUCAGAGGGUUCAACAAGGGUCUACUGUGGUUGAGGAAAAUAGAACACUGAAACAACAAAUGACCCAAAUACGUCAAGCCUGGGCCAAUGGCCAAGGACAGCCUUGUCACGAGUCACGAUUUGCUACACAGCAAGAACAGUACCACUCUCCCGAGUACCACUCGUACUCGUUUGAGCUUCCUGUAAACAUCGAGAAGCCUGCCCGAAAGAGAGUACAGGAAGAAAUAACCCAAAGAGUGAAAAGAUUAGAACAACGGUUGAAAAACACGCAAGCAAUGGCAUAA